CGCCCUCCUCCUCCUGCUGCCAUCAUCAUCAUCCCCCAUCCGAGUACGGAGGACCCUGCCUCAUCUAUCGUCCGUCCAUCUACCAUAUUAAGCCACUCGCUCCCACCUCAGCUCAGCUCCGCCGGGGCCUGCUAUACCACAACGCCAACAGACCAGUAGGGCUGCCCAAUUGCGCGCAACUCGUCGGCGACAUCAUCAUCACUUCUUCACCCAGCUGGCCCGCCGGAACCCAAGCCGAGAGUCGCCACUUUUGAGAACAGCACGUUGCAAGACAUUUGCGACGAAUUUUUUAUUAUAUUUUUUCUUGAGUUAGAAAAUAGCACCAAAAUGUAUCGCUCUCUCAUCGCCGUCGCUGCAACCACCCUCCUCCUCCCCCUCGCCGCCCACGCGCGCAUCACGGGCAUCGCCGUCCCCGACACCAUCAAGCCCGGCGACACCUUCGACGCCAUCAUCCACAGCGAAAACUACAUCCAGAGCGUCUUCGACGUCGCCAUCGUCUUUGGAUACGGCCCCGGCGACGGCUGGCCGGAGAGCCUGGGCGUCGUCGCAGACUCCAUCUGCCUCGGCAAGGGCGACUCCAACCAGCUCCACGACUUCAAGAAAAAAGUCACCAUCCCCGCCGACGCGCCCCGAGGCCACGCCACCAUCAAGGCCAGCCUCACAAGCCUCUACGGCGCCGUCGCCUGGCCCCAGCUGACCCUCUACAACGUCAGCGUCACCCUCGGCGACCACACGAGCGACCAGUACGUCUCGAGUCGGUAGUGGCAGGAGGAGUGUUUGCCCAGUAGGUGCUACGUCAGGGAUAGGGAGGAUAGGGAGGAAAACCCACACAUCAUAUGUGCGCAAAAGGGCAGGCAGGCAGGCAUGGCUAUAGCGGCGGGCGGGCGUUCUACUCGACACAAAAGCAGUCUAUUUCUAUCAAUUAGGUAUACAGUACCAAGUAAGUAAUGCACAUGCGCAUACUGUAUGCAAACGGGCAAUGCUACAGUAGGGGGUAUCUCGCCGCAAAAGUCAUCUCUGCC